CACGCGCUCCUCUCUCGGCUCUCUGCUGCACCGGGACCGGAUCUCUGUACCGAGCUGGAUUACCGUGUGUCUCUGACUGGAUCUUUACUCUUUACCGGGACUUUAACGGGACUCUGCCGCUCUGCCGCUCCUCUGCCGCUCCUGUGCCGCUCAGCUGUGGAUCUUAUUUCUUGUCCUGAUCUAGUGGAUUAUAACUUUACUGACUUCUACAUCAUGACUCUGGAGGAAGUGAUCGGAUCAAACAGCACCGACAAGAAGAUGGAGACGGUGAGUCAGGCUCUGGAGGAGCUGCUGGUCGCUGCUCACAAACAGGACUGUGUCACUGUGGGAGUCUACGAGUCCGCCAAGCUCAUGAAUGUAGACCCAGACUCGGUGGUUCUGUGUGUUCUGGCCACCGAUGAGGAAGAUGAAGGUGACAUCGCUCUUCAGAUCCAUUUCACUCUUCUUCAGGCGUUCUGCUGCGACAACGACAUCAACAUCCUGCGCGUGUCCGGCCUGCGCCGCCUCGCCCAGCUGCUCGACGACGACGUCGCCGACGGCAACGGCAACGAGCCCCGCGACCUGCACUGCAUCCUGGUCACCAACCCCCCCGUGCAGCCGCUGCAGUGCCAGGCCCUGCAGGACGUGGGCAGCUUCUGUGAGGAGAGCCGCUGCAGGAACCAGUGGGUUCCGUGUCUGGAGCUGACGGCCCGCUGAGCAGAACCCUGCAGAACCCUGCAGAACCCUGCAGAACCCUGUCAGACCGCUGCGGAGCGGAGAGAAGAAGAAGUGGAAUCAGUCCGAACAGCCGCCUCGUUCAGGAGGAGUAACGCUGUUUGAGUGAAGAGGGGACCGGAAGGAACCGGCCGGAACCGUACGGAACCCAACAGAACCGUACGGAACCCAACGGAACCUUAAGGAACCUUAAGGAACCGGGCAGAACCAGAACCGAUCGGCCUCUCAAGCCUGAUGUGAUUGGUUAGCGGGUGCGCGAGCUGCCGGUGUGGCGGUUAGCGGAGGCACGAAGGACGGCCCUGCAGAGAUUUUGGGGGGCGGGAUGUCAUGUGACUGACUGCUGUCCUGUGAUUGGCUGCUGUCAUGUGACUGGCUGCUGUCAUGUGAUUGGCUCCUGUCAUGUGACUGGCUGCUGUCCUGUGAUUGGCUCCUGUCAUGUGACUGGCUGCUGUCCUGUGAUUGGCUGCAGCUGCAGGUGAAGCAGCUGUUAGCUCACCUGUCUGCACACGAACUGAACUGAACUGAACAUGAACAGAGCUACAGAGCAGUGAUGUCAUAUCCUGCCGUGAUGUCAUAUCCUGUUGUUGUAUUGAAGCAUGAAGUCUCACACUGAGCCGAUUAUUUAAGAGUUUAAUAUAAAACUGAUCACAUGUUUAUUGAUCUGACGAAUAAAUUAUUGAUG